UUCCCGGUCACCAACCCGAAUAAACCCGGGAAACUUAGAAUGGUUUGGGAUGCAGCAGCCAAGGCUUUCGGUGUGUCUCUAAACUCCGUCCUGUUAAAAGGCCCCGAUCAACUGUGUUCGUUGCUGACGAUCCUGCUUCAGUUCCGCGAGCGUCGAGUAGCGUUGACCGGAGAUAUACGCGAGAUGUUCCACCAAGUGCGAAUUCGGGAGGAAGAUCAACAAUGCCAGCGCUUCUUGUGGGAUGACGAAAACGGCGAAAUUGCAACCUAUGUUAUGCAGGUUAUGACUUUUGGAGCCUGCUGCUCCCCUAGUAGCGCCCAAUUCAUCAAGAAUCUAAAUGCCAAUCGCUUCUCCAAUCAGUUCCCGGCCGCCGUCGAAUCGAUAACAAAGCGUCACUAUGUAGACGACUUGUUGGUGAGUGUAGACACGGAGCAAGAAGCGAUUCAGUUAGCGAAGGACAUCAAGUACGUACAUUCGGAAGGCGGGUUUGAGAUACGCAACUGGAUGAGUAACUCGGAGGUAGUGCUAUCACGAUUACAGGACAGUUCUCUAGAAGAGAAGAGUCUUGAUCUGCAGUCAGAAAUGGGCACUGAGAAAGUUUUGGGCAUGUGGUGGUGCAUGGCCUCAGAUGUAUUCACGUAUAAAGUCGGGUGGACCCGUUUCGACCAAGCACUGCUGGAAGGCCAGCGACGACCGACUAAGCGAGAGAUCCUACGCGUGUUGAUGACUAUCUUUGAUCCUCUAGGACUUAUCGCUCACUUCUUGGUGUAUCUCAAGAUUCUGCUGCAGGAAGUUUGGCGAUCCGGAGUCCAAUGGGACGAGAAAAUCGGAGACGAAUUAUUCAGGAAAUGGCAAAGGUGGCUGAGAGUUCUGCCACAGGUGGAAAUGGUCCGAAUUCCACGAUGUUACAACCUUCAUUCGUCCCCAGCGAAUAGUUGCGAUACGCAGCUACAUACAUUUGUUGAUGCGAGCGAGAAUGGGAUAGCAGCUGUAUGUUAUCUGAGAUUCGUUCGCGAUGACGUUACUCAAUGCUCAAUCGUUGCAGCUAAAACUCGCGUAGCACCGUUGAAGUUUGUCUCAAUCCCAAAGCUGGAGCUCCAAGCAGCUGUAGUCGGUGCAAGACUCGCACGAGCUGUUGGCGAGGCUCUCUCCAUCUCAAUCAAUAAUCGAGUGUUCUGGACCGAUUCGCGCGACGUUCUCUGCUGGAUCAAUUCAGACCAUCGACGUUACACACAGUUCGUAGCAUUCCGUGUCGGCGAACUCCUUGAAACUACGGAAGCUACUGAGUGGCGUUGGGUCCCUACAAAACUUAACGUAGCAGACGAUGGAACAAAAUGGGAGAGAGGGCCAGAUUUGACGCGUAACAGCAGAUGGUUUACCGGUCUGGAUUUUCUUUGGCAACCAGUGUCGGAAUGGCCCCAGCCAACGAUUGCUCAUGGCUCAACGAAGACUGAACUGCGUCCACAUUUACUGUUUCAUCGAGCGGUUCCUGAUCCACUGUGCUGUGUGACCAAUUUCUCUAAUUGGCGGCGCCUGAUCAACGUGAUCGCAGCUGUUUUCCGUUUCCCAGCAAAUUGUCGCUUAAAACGUCGCAAGCAGCCGAUCCAAACGGGACCUUUUUCAAUGGAGGAAUUAAGCGUAGCGGAAAACUAUUUAAUUAGCCUAGCUCAGCUUGCCGCAUAUCCCGAUGAAAUGACAGUCCUGUCCCAGUCAAAAUUGCAGGAAUGUCCGGCCAAAAGGUUGAUUCACAAGAGCAGUCCGCUGUAUAAGCUCACCCCGUGGAUAGACGACUGUGGAAUUCUUCGAAUGCGAACUAGAAUUGCAGCUUGUCAGUUCGCCACCGAGGACGCUAGAAGUCCAAUCAUCCUACCACGUGACCACCAUGUAACCAAACUGAUAGUCUCGCACUACCACGGUAAAUAUCACCACCUGAACCACGAGACCGUUAUCAAUGAACUACGCCAAAAGUACCACAUCUCCCGAAUCCGUGUCAUUUACGCCAAGGUUCGCACAAACUGCCAACGCUGCAAAAAUGAAUCGUCGGUGCCAAACCCUCCAAUAAUGGCAGACUUGCCAGAUGCGCGGCUCGCUGCUUUCUCGCUCCCCUUCACGCACAUAGGAGUUGACUACUUUGGGCCUAUGGAAGUCGUGCUUGGCAGACGCGUAGAGAAACGAUGGGGAAUGCUAGUCAUCUGUCUGACUACCCGUGCAAUUCACAUCGAGGUCGUCAACUCAUUAAGCACCGAUUCCUGCAUCUUGGCACUUCGCAACGUCAUUGCUCGUCGUGGCACUCCUAGACGGAUUCACAGUGACCGCGGGACGAAUUUUGUCGGUGCAUCUCGAGAAUUGAGGGAAGCUGCUGAUUUGAUUGAUCAAAAUGCUAUAAUGAAGGAGUUUGUAAGCCCAGAAACCGAAUGGGUAUUCAACCCACCGUCCGCCCCGCACAUGGGUGGUAGUUGGGAGCGCCUGAUCCGUACCGUCAAAAAGAACCUGAUGGCAACUUUACCUUCACGAAAGCCCUCCGAUGAAAUUCUUCGGAGUCUACUUACCGAAAUCGAAAGCACAGUUAACUCUCGCCCUUUGACCCACGUUCCCAUAGAUGACGAUUCGGCCCCUGCACUAACUCCGAACCAUUUCUUACUGGGCUCAUCGAGUGGCGUGAAACCGCUUAUCACGAUGGACGACAGCGGCUCUGCCCUACGACAAAACUGGCGAGUAUCGCAAGUUGUAGCAAACCAGUUUUGGAAGCGCUGGGUCACCGAUUAUCUGCCGGAAAUUACCAGGAAAACGAAGUGGUUUGAACACACCAAGCCAAUCUCGUUGGGCGACGUAGUGGUCAUCGCGGACUCCAAUCUACCGAGGAAUUGCUGGCCGAAGGGCAAAGUGAUUCACACGCGUGUCGGCCGAGACGGGCAGAUCCGAUCUGCAACUGUUCAAACAGCGAGAGGUGUGUACGAACGACCUGCAACGAAGCUGGCAGUGUUGGACGUUCGUCGCGAUGAGGUGUAAGCCAAUCAGAAGUUGGCGUACCUGGGGGGACUGUUAGCAGACUCAAUAUCAGUCUGCGCGCAUCAUAACCAAACUGCCAGCACUGUUCACUACCACAGACAUCAGCUGCGGAAUACACCACCUUCGCAAUCCGCCUUGAUAGCCAAUACAAUCACGCAGCAGCAAGUGACAGACAGUACCUCGUGACAGCAGGAAGAAAGAAUAAAACAAAAACCCAUCAGAUAGUAGAAGUAGUGCAUCUAAAUUUACUUAUAAUAAGCUAAAACUAAUUAAAACUACUUAAGCUAAUUUAUACUAAGUGAAUUACACCACCACCGUAUAACCUACAAGAUACAAAAACCGUUCCGUGCCGAUUUCGGUAUUCAAUUAGGCCCGAAGAUCGUGAAUCAAAUUCUAUCGCCUGUUUCUAGUUGGCACGUCAGGACUGUGCAGUUUCCUACCGUCAGGUACCCUAUAACCGUCUGCUUAGGAAAGUUAGUAAACGAAUUUUGUAAUCCUUCUCCUACUUUGAAUAAAAUUGGAU